CACAAUACACACAUUGUCACACAAUGGUUGUUCGCUAUAACCCAAAACGGCCUGCACAGGCGUUAAUGCGCUAUAAUGGCACACUGUGGGAGGAAGUUUUGAAAGAUCCUUGGUUCUGGUUCUUCCUGGGUGUGAACGUAACAUUUAUGGUACUCAGAUAUACUGAUGUAUUACUGAAGAAGGAUGCGCCGGCCAUCCCUGCAUCCACACUGGCAAUCAUUGGUAGCCUAGUGUCCUUCUCUUCCGUUUUCUUUGUUAACGAUGUAUACAAACGUUUCCAUGAUCAG